ACAAGAUGGCCGCACGCAUGACCCUCGCAUCCCGGUGGCAAACAGAGGGGUUUCCGCUCUGGGAAAUCUUCGGAUAAGGUUAUUAGGUUUCUGCAAGCUACUGGAGAGCUGAUCAAGAUUUUAAGCUAAAGAUGGUGGUGAUGAGUUACCUGAGGGUCAUUCUUCAAGCCUCUCCAUGCAAGACACAGUGGAGAAGGUUCCAGAUUCCGAGGUCCACGCCUGCAAGGCCUUGCAGCCUCUACACCUGCACUUACAAAUCCCGGAACCGAGUCUGUGACCCCAUGGUGCACCCCGUUUGGGAGAAAGUGGACCUGGCCCCGGCGGGUGAGCGCCAGUCGCCCAUCAACAUCCGGUGGAGGGACAGUGUCUACGAUCCUGGCUUACAGCCGCUCACCAUCUCUUAUGACCCGACCACCUGCCUCCACGUCUGGAAUAACGGGUACUCUUUCCUCGUGGAAUUUGAAGACUCUGCAGAUAAAUCAGGUGAGAGCCAGACCCGUGGUCUCAUCUGGAGUUAA